AUGGCAAAAUCAAACGCCCUUACAGACCACAUCUCUGGGCAGUCCAACAAGCCCAUGUCCCAGCCCGCACACGCGUUGACCUACGAACAAGUCAUCGGCGAGCUCAGAGUCGACAGCGACGAUGGGCUCACGCAGGGCGAGGCACAAAAUCGACUCGAAGAGUUCGGCAAUAAUGAGCUCGACAAGGGGCCCGGCGUCAACCCCGCCAAGAUUAUGAUGAAGCAGAUCGCCAAUGCCAUGAUGCUAGUACUUUUAUUAGCCAUGGGAGUAUCUUUUGGCAUCCGCUCAUGGAUCGAAGGCGGUGUGGUUGCUGCAAUCAUUAUUCUCAAUAUCAUUAUCGGCUUCAAGCAGGAAUACAGUGCCGAAAAGACAAUGGACUCACUCCGCUCUCUCUCCUCACCAACAUCACAUGUCAUCAGAGGUGGCCAGAAUAUCACUGUCGCCACGAUUCAGGUCGUACCUGGUGAUGUAGUCGAACUCAAGACGGGCGACACAGUCCCAGCCGAUAUUCGCCUAACCGAAGUGAUGAACUUUGAAACUGACGAAGCGCUCCUGACUGGGGAGUCUUUGCCGGUACAAAAGACCGCCAGCGAGACCUAUGAGCCUGAUCUAGGCCCUGGCGACCGUCUCAAUAUUGCGUACUCGUCGAGUACCGUGACCAAAGGCAGGGCCAAAGGUAUAGUGUUUGCUACGGGAAUGUUCACCGAGAUUGGCACAAUCGCAGCGGCACUCCGCAGCAAGAACUCCAGGGUCAGGGAGCCCAAGAGAACACCCGAGGGCAGGGUCAGACCACACCGUCAAGCUCAAGCGUGGGCGCUGACCGGCAAGGACCUAGUAGGAAAUUUCCUCGGUGUCAAUGUUGGAACGCCGCUUCAGCGCAUCUUAUCCCGCCUCGCCUGCGGGCUGUUUAUUGUGGCUGUCGUCUUUGCCAUUAUUGUGCUCGCAGCCAACGGUUUUUCAAACCAGCAAGAGGUCAUCAUCUACGCCGUCGCGACAGGGCUCUCCAUGCUGCCAGCCUCGCUCAUCGUGGUACUCACCAUUACCAUGGCAGCCGGGACCAAGCGCAUGGUCGAACGACAUGUCAUCGUGCGAAAGCUAAAUGCGUUGGAGGCGCUCGGUGCCGUCACUGACAUAUGCUCGGACAAGACUGGAACCUUGACACAAGGGAAAAUGGUUGCUAAAAAGGCUUGGAUCCCCGGUAGAGGUACAUACUCUGUCGGUGAAUCAAGCGAACCGGUCAAUCCGACCAUGGGUGCUUUGCACCACACCACGGGCAGCCCAGGCGAAGACUCGUCUUCAGACAUGGACAUUGCGCCCGAUGAGGAUGAUCGAAAGUCGGCCGAGGAACUUGUCGAGAACAACAGACCACUCGAGGAAUUUCUCAAGAUUGCUUCGCUGGCCAACUUGGCAUCUGUCUACAAAUCCCAUGAUGGCGAGGGUUGGACAGCGCGAGGCGAUCCGACCGAGAUUGCCAUUCAGGUCUUUGCCUCACGUUUUGGAUGGAAUCGUCGCAACAUUGCCGAGGGCGAAGAUCCUCAAUGGAAACUCAUCACCGAAUACCCCUUUUCCAGCGACGUGAAGAAGAUGUCCGUUAUAUACCAGGCAAAGGGUGAAGAAGCCAAAUUCGUCUUUACAAAAGGCGCUGUUGAACGUGUUCUAGAAGCUUGUACCAAUAUUGACAUGGAAGGCCAUGGCCAAGUGACCGAAGUGACUGAGGAGGUCAAGGAAGAUAUUCUAUCGAACAUGGAGUCUCUGACAUCCCUGGGUCUUCGGGUCCUUGCGCUAGCUUCCAAAACCUACAACGGACCUGCCGGUACGAGCGAUGAGGACCGAGAGCAAGUUGAGACGGCGCUCACAUUCCGCGGACUCAUCGGUCUCUUUGAUCCUCCUCGUCCCGAGUCGAAAGGUGCCGUCAAGGCAUGCCAUCAAGCUGGUAUUAGCGUUCAUAUGCUUACAGGAGAUCACCCUGGCACAGCGCUGGCCAUUGCGAAGCAGAUUGGUAUCAUCCCGGAUCGUCUGGACCAGGUAAGCAAGCAGACGGAGAACGCAAUGGUGACAACUGCUGCGCACUUUGAUCGUCUGACGGAUGAGGAGAUUGACAAUUUGCCCGUCUUGCCUCUCGUCAUUGCUCGGUGUGCGCCUCAGACCAAAGUCCGGAUGAUUGAGGCUCUACACCGACGCAAGGCGUUUGCUGCCAUGACGGGUGAUGGGGUCAAUGAUUCGCCUUCGCUCAAGCACGCCGACGUGGGCAUCGCCAUGGGACAAGCCGGAUCUGAUGUUGCUAAAGAUGCAUCAGACAUCGUGCUGACGGAUGAUAACUUUGCUUCUAUCCUCAACGCUGUCGAGGAAGGCCGCCGUAUUUUUGAUAAUAUCCAAAAAUUCGUGCUGCACUUGCUUAGCCAAAACAUAGCUCAGGCUUGCACGCUAUUGAUCGGCCUCGCAUUCAAGGAUUCAAACCACCUCUCCGUUUUCCCCCUUUCACCCGUGGAAAUCAUGUGGGUCAUUAUGGUAACGUCUGGUCUACCGGAUAUGGGCCUCGGUCUCGAGGCUGCGGCCCCAGAUAUUCUUGAACGGCCGCCACAAAACCUCAAGCGCGGUAUCUUCACCACGGAGCUGCUGGUGGACAUGUUGGCCUACGGUCUGUGGAUGGCGGCGCUCUGCCUAUCAUCCUUUUCACUCGUGACAUACCACUGGGGCGGCGGGAUCGAGGGGACAGACUGCAACUCGACCUACUCGGCCCAAUGCGACACGGUGUUUAGGGCUCGAGUCACCUGCUUUGUCUCCAUGACCUGGUUUUCGCUCUUCCUGGCUUGGGAGCUGAUCAACCUUAGGCGCUCCUUUUUCCGCAUGCAGCCCAAUAGCUCGCUAUACCUGACGCAGUGGAUGCACGACGUUUGGCACAACAAGUUUCUCUUCUGGUCCGUCAUGUUCGGCUUCGCCUCCGUGUUCGUGAUCCUUUACGUGCCCGUCAUUAAUCACGACGUCUUUAAACAUACGGGGAUCACGUGGGAAUGGGCCAUUGUCAUUGUCGAGGCCGUCCUGUUCUUUGGGGGCAUCGAGAGCUGGAAGUGGGGCAAGCGCGUCUUGUACAGGCGAAAGGCCAAAAAGGAGGGCGGUGGUCAGUCGCGGAGGUUGAGCAGCGUAGUUUUUGAUGAGUAUCUGACUAAGACGCCCUCUGAUGAGGAGCGGCGUGCGGAGGUGCAGAAAAAGGUGUAG